AAUUUGGAUGUGCAUUUUCAGUUGUCAUUGCCGUGGAGAAGUAGAAUAGUCUAGUUACUGUCACAGUCUUUAGAAAAAUUGAAAUGAGAAAAAUGAUUGUAGCUCUGUUUCUUUUGCUGUUAACCCUGAAUGCAUCAAGAACCUUCAACAUUGAUACCAAUGUAAAGGCGCAUUUCCAAAAUAACAACAACAUCUUUUUUGGCCAGAAUGUUGUUCAGUACAGUCAUUGGAUAUUAGUAAGCUCUCCUCUAUAUACCACUGACAACAGACAUUACGGGAGAAUAGAGAAAUGCCAUCUAAAAAGAAAAUUAUGUGAAGCUAUCAAACUCACAGAAGCUGAGAAGUCUCGUAUCAGGCCAGGCUUCACCGUGGCCAGCAGCUUUUCGUCUUCACAGUUCUUGCUGUGUCGACAACAUCAGAAAAGGCUUAGUAAGAACAGUGAAAACUUGAAUGGAGUCUGCACAAUCCUGUCUCCAGAACUACAAGAAAUAUAUUCUUUUGAACCUGCUGGGUUGGUGAAAUUCAGUGCUGGGAAUGACAGCAGCAACAGCAACAACAAGUUGGAAAGACGUGAAGAUUUCACAGAAAAAGCCAAGCAAAGCAACGAGAACAACAAUAACAACAAAGAGAAGGAAGAGGACGAUGAUGAAUUUCCAGGCAUAGAAAUUGCAAUUGUUCUCGAUGGAUCAGGGAGCAUUGACAAAUCUGAUUUCCAAAAAGCCAAAGAUUUUAUUGUAAACAUAGCAAAAAACAUUUGGAAAAGAUGCUUAGAGUGUGAAUUUGCAUUGGUCCAGUAUGGUACAAAAAUUAAGACAAUCUUUGAUCUGAAUGACAGCCAGGAAAUAAGUUCUGGAAUUUUCCCAAUUGUAAGAAAAAUGCCUCAGUUGUAUCAUACCACAAAAACUGCUUCAGCAAUACAACAUGUUCUUGACAACAUCUUCAAUGAAAGUCAAGGCUCCAAUCAAAAUGCCAAGCGAUUUAUCAUUGUAGUGACAGAUGGAGAAAUAUUCAAGGACGAGAGAAAUCUAACAGAUGUAAUCAAAUCAGAUAAAAUGGCAAAUAUAACACGGAUAGCUGUUGGGGUGGGACCAGCCUUUAAGAAGGGAAAGGCAUUAAAUGAGCUGAAGCUAAUUGCGUCUGACCCAGAUGAGGACCAUCUAUUCCAGGUGGAUAACUACAGCGCUUUAGAUGGUCUCCUGGCAAAUCUAGAAAAAAAUAUUGUUGGAAUUGAAGGUACUCAGGGCGUAAACAUAAGUGCGUUUCAGAUGGAACUGGCCCAAGCUGGAUUUAGUGCGCAUUACGAUGGCAACAUUUUACUUGGUGCUGUAGGAGCAUAUGACUGGAGUGGAGGAGUCAUAAUGUAUAACCAAGAAACAGGAGCACUUUUUCUAAAUGAGUCCAAAGGAACACUCGAAGCAGCUUAUGGUUACCUUGGAUACAGUGUAGCUACUGUGAAGGGAAAGAAUGGGCAGCACUUGUACAUAGCUGGAGCCCCUCGGCAUAGUCAGACUGGACGAGUCCUUGUGUUUCAAGCUGGAACAUCUGUCAAAAUAAAGCAACUUCUUGCAGGGAAGCAGCUAGGAGCAUAUUUUGGUUCAGAGCUGUGCUCUCUGGACAUAAACAAUGAUGAUGUGACAGAUUACCUCCUUGUUGGUGCUCCAUUCUUUCAUAUACGAGGAGAGGAGGGCAUGGUUUACGUCUACCAGCUCAAUGACAAGGAUACCUUUGAAGAUAAGGACAGUUUAACAGGAAUAUCAAGUUUUACCAAUGCCAGAUUUGGAGUUGCCAUUGCAAACAUAGGUGACAUCAAUAUGGAUGGUUACAAUGAUAUAGCUAUUGGAGCUCCUCUGGAAGAAGACCAUGGUGGCAGUAUCUAUAUAUUUAAUGGAUAUAAGGAUGGUAUCUACAAGACUUAUUCCCAGCGAAUAAGUGGGAAGGAUGUCAUGCUUGAACUUGUAUACUUUGGACAAUCAAUAUCUGGAGCUUCUGAUGUUGAUACUGAUGGGAUCCUUGAUAUAACAGUUGGGGCACGGGACAAUGUUGUCGUACUCAGCGCAAGACCAGUUAUCAACAUUGGGGUCAAUGUCACAUUUUUACCGAAGUUGGUGCCUCUGUCCUUCGCAAGUUUCCACGGACAAGAGAAAAUUAUUCAAGCUACUGUGUGUUUUAUGACUCAAUCAAACUUUGCACCAUUAGAUUUGACAAAUUCCUAUGUGAAUUAUACAAUUAACCUGGAUGCAAAGCAGAAGACUAAAAGAGUGACAUUUGCAAAGAAUGAUGGAACUCCUGACUCUAUAUCUGAUUAUGUCAGGAUCUCAUCUGCCAUCUGUAAAACGUAUCCUCUCAUUGUGCAGCAUUGCACAAUGGAUUGUGUUUCUGCAAUUAUUGUAGAGGUGAAUUAUACCCUGAAUAAUAAUGAAAAGAAGCCUGGUCUACCCUUACCAAUUCUUGAUCAUUUUUCCAACCCGUCAUCGUGUGUUGAGCUCCAAUUUCAGAAGGACUGUGGUUCUGACAAUAUCUGUAAUGCAAAUCUAAAACUGAUAUCCAAACUUCCAGAAAAUUUUACAUGGAUUGUUGGUAAAACAAAAGAAGUGAGUUUAGAAAUUCUUCUGUCCAACACUGGAGAAGAUUCAUAUCUCACCACCAUGGACCUAUCUUACCCAAAGAGCUUUUUCUUUAAGGGGAUCUUCAAACAUCAGCUUGCAGAUAUUAAGUGUACAGAUCAAGCCACAUCCUCCUUAUCCUUCUUAAGCUGUGAGAUUUUCCAUCCAGUGUUCAAGAGGACUUCGCCAGUGGAAGUUUCUAUUUCCUGGGAUCUUGGAAGUGCACCAUUUAAGGAGGAAUUUGCAAGUGUCAGCAUCAAUGUUAGCAAUAAAAAUGAAAUUGGAGUUGCUGCUCAUGAUACCCAUAAUAUUCCUGUGAGACAUGGGUUCAAUGUCUUCCUGAAAGCAGAAAGUCAAAUAACAGAAGUUGACAUUUCCAAUGGAGCUGAAUUUGAGACUGCUAAUUUAAUUUUUCAGGUCACCAUGGAGAACCCUUACAAUGCUUCGGUAUGUCUAAUAUUAUCAAUCCCAGUGAAAAUACAGGAUCGACACAUACUUGACCCUCAACAGGAACUUUUGAAACAUUGUUUGAGAACACAGAAAACUGUCAAACAUCAGCCAGAACAGAAAAGAGAAGAUCAAUGGGACUGUGACAUGCAGGAAUGUGAAUGUCAAUAUUUUCGGUGUGAACUCAAAGCAGCAAAACAAGACAUUGAUCUAACAGCACGGUUGGUAGUGAGCAAUUUAAAACAGCUUGUGAAGGGCAGGGCUAAUAUUGUGAUCUCAGGAAUUGUUGCCUUUGAUGAGAAUCUAUAUCAGGAAACAUCUGAUGCUAAAGAUAUACAGCACAGUGUUAAGAUGCACUUGGCCAUUGUAAAUACUCCGGCCUUUAAUGCUAUCCCAGUCGUGGCUGGAAGCACAGCUGGUGGAAUCCUGCUUCUAUUUUUGAUUAUUUUAAUUCUGUACAAGUGUGGAUUUUUCAGACGCAAUUACAAGGACAUGAUUGAAUUUGAAGAAGAAAUUGAACAUUGAACUUUGAAACUAGGGGAAUAGCUUACUAUUAUCGCUGAUACAUUUAUUUGGAAUAUUAAAUGGUCUAUAUUACAUUUAUUUAAAUUUUUCAGCAAAAGCUCAGUCCACAUGUGAAGUACAUUAAUGUGCUCCAGAUGUGAGUCUUGCUGGGAAUUUGUGAAAAGAAUAAAUUACAUGUUCAGGUAAAAUACAAAUGAUAUUUGUUGGCAUGAAAUUCUUAAUACAUUUGAAUUUGAGAAAACAGAGGAAAUGUCCUUCUCUGUACUGAGAAAUUUCAGAUAGAUUAUGUCUAUAACAUGCAAUCAAUAGUUCUUUGACACAGUUCAUAUCAACUUUACUCCAAUAAAUCUGCUUUGUAUGAAGGUAUUCAAAUGAUUCUCUUGAGUGUAAUGUGUAAUUACGAAAAGGUUAUAAUAUUUUAGACUUGUGCUAAGGUGCACAAUGACCUGAUGUAGAGCCCUACCUGCCAUCAAUAUUAUCAUGACACCUCACUCCUGUGUAUCUCAGUCAUUCAAGCAGACUUAGAACAUAGAACAUAGAACAAUACAGCACAGAACAGGCCCUUCAGCCCACAAUGUUGUGCCGACCAUUGAUCCUCAUGUAUGCACCCUCAAAUUUCUGUGACCAUAUAUAUGUCCAGCAGUCUCUUAAAUGACCCCAAUGACCUUGCUUCCACAACUGCUGCUGGCAACGCAUUCCAUGCUCUCACAACACUUGAGUGGCAUUUUUCUGUAAACAGCUCAUUGUGGUAUCACUUAGGUCAUGGAUAUCCCACUCUAGAAGGCAGGUGCCUGCAUCAAUUUUGAAAUACAAGUGUCGUCAGUAAAGUCAAAGUGGCUGUUGGUCUUCACCACCAUCAGUGGAUUCCCUGGAUCUAGGAGCCAUUGCUUGCAUAUAAGUAGCCACCAGCACACCGAUGGAUGAGCCAGCACAAUGCCUCAACUGAAAAGGAUUUCGCUCAUUGAGUUUGCAGCUGUUUGCUACUAAGACAUAGUGCAAAUGGCACUACAACAAAAGCUGUUGACUGUGUUGAGACAACAUUUUUUUAUUCACAUUUAUUUGAGGCAUGGAGCUGGAUCAGAAGAGGAACUGAUGAAGAGAAAAGGGGUGCUGUUCAGGGAUCUGUCAUCCACACUUGAACAAAGAACUAGGAAAAAGUUUUGAAUAGGAACAGGCCUUCAGUCCAGCAAAUAUAUGCUGGCACAUGAUGCCUAUCUAAACUAAAAUGCUGCUGGGCCUAUACGGUUUGCAUCCCUCAAUAUUGUGUCUUUUCAUAUAUCUAUCAAGAUGCCCCUUAAACAUUACUUUUAUAUUUGCUCCCACCAUCUCUUCUAGCAAUGCAUUCCUUCAUGUAAAAACUUUACCUUUUAAAUCUCCUUUAAACUUACCCUCUUUUACCUUUAACCAAUGCCCUCUUUUAAAUGACAUUUCUACAUGGGGAAAAAGUCUUCUGAUUAUCCUAUCCAUGUCUCCCAUAACAUCGCAAACUUCUAUCAGGCUGCCCGUCAGCCUCUGACUUUCAAGUGUAAACAAGCCAAGUUUGUGCAAUUUCUCUUCAAAGCUAAUAUCCUCUAAGCCAGACAGCAUUCUGCUAAACAUUUUCUGUACUGUCUCCAAAGCCUCCACACCUUUCAGGUACUGUGGCAAUCAGAAUUAUAUGUGAUAUUCCAUAUACAAUCUGACUAAACGACUUGCCAAUUUUUAUCCUGAAUGCCCUGGCCGACUGAGGAAAAUCUGCCAUAUGCCUUCUUGACCACCUUAUCCACUUGUGUUGCCACUUUCAGGGAUCUAUAUGCGUGGGUCCCCUGUAGGGAGACCUCUAGCAUGGUCUCAAGUCUCACAGUAAUCACAAGACUAGCAUGGCUGUGAAGGCAUACUGUGUGGUAAACUAAACUAAAACAAAGAACUGCAAGUGCUGGAAAUCUGAAACAGAAAUUGCUGGAGAAGCUCAGCAGGCUUCAUAGCAUAUAUGGAGAGAAUGCAAAGCCAGUUCCAAAGAAGAGUCACUGAACUUGAAAUGUUAACUCUGCUUUCUCUCUGUGGAUGCUGCCAGAUCUGCUGAGUUUCUCCAGCAAUUUCUGUUUUUGCUUUGUCAACAGUUCAUGCAACUUUAUCCGAGGCCUGUGUUAUGACUACCAAGCAAACAUGAACUACUAAAAUUCCAGAUGGUUUUCCAACCAACACUUAUCCCUGUGAGUGUAAUACCACUGAUGUGGAGCAUGGUGUCUCUACUAGCCCCAUUUUCCUAUUUCAAAUACCUAGCACCUGCAACAAGCCUAUGGAUAAUCCAUCACUUGGCAUCACUCCCAUCACUAACCCUACCCCUAACCCUAACCCUCAGUCACCUUCUCAGUUCCUGCCACCAUCUGUGAGCACAGAAGUAUAAGUGAUACCAUCAAGCAACAUUUUUAUAACUACACAAAUGAAUGACAAAAUAUACAAUAAAUAAACAAUACACAGGCAACCCAUAAAAUGAAAAAAUAAUGACUGUGAUCACAGCCGCUCCUGUGUAGUACUUUGCCUUUGUCCUAAACUGCAGUGGAGGUAGUUGACUGAAUUGUUUCUGCGUUCAUCCGUGAUCCUGUGACAUGCAUCCAGGGUCUGGAGAUGCUACCAUAGACUUCUACAAAGACCCCUGUCACUGCAUCAUUGCAAGGACAGCCUGUGUCUAGAGCCUUUGUGGCAGGAAUGUUUCAGAAUCAUGGCCCUUCUGUCAGACUCUUCAACUGCUGAGCCCUUUCAUGGUGCAUUUCAUUAUAGCUCACAAGGCCACUAGUUGGGAUGCAGUUGACAUAAAGUCCUUGCAAUUAGUGACACUUAGCUUACCAUGUGAGAGCUUCUCACUUUUUCUUUGCACGUCAGUGCAUUGCAUGGAUUCCUGCAAUGAUACCCAGCACUGAAACCAUGACUAAAUCGGUGCUAGAGAUAAUGGGAACUGCAGAUGCUGGAGAAUCCAAGAUAACAAAGUGUGGAACUGGAUGAACACAGCAUCUCAGCAGCAUCUCAGGAGCACAAAAGCUGAUGUUUCGGGCCUAGACCCUUCAUCAGAGAGCAUCCCUCAUUCCCUACUAAUAUUGCAUUCUUUGUUGUUCCUUCUGUUUAAAUAUUGCCAUGUUCAGUUAAUGCUUUCAAACUGCAACCCUCACUCUCACAGGAAGGUCAGACAUAUUUGACAAAGACAAUGGCUGAGGAUCCUGAACGUCUACUCUCUUGGUCUGCUUCUCCCUCUCUCUCUCUCCCUCUCUCUCACAGUCACUCCCUUCUUUCUCUGACCAGCGACAUCAAUGGGGUUGGGAGGAAGAAAGAAACAGAGGGGGAGAAAGGGGAACAAAGACAUUCAGAGGUGGGGUAAAUAGAGAGAGAGGAAGAGAAGGGGAGAAACAGAGAGGAGGCAAGAGGGCUGAAGCAACACAAAAAUAUUGCCUUAUUUGCAAUGGAGUACAUCUGGAACAAAAACAAAAUUGCUGAAAAAACUCAGCACGUCUGCCUGCAUCUAUAAAGAAAUUAUCAGAGUUAACAUUUUGGGCCUAGUGACCCUUUCCCAGAACUGAUCAGUGCAACUGGAGUUUGGUGAAGCAGGGAACCUCUAAGGAGAGUUUUGAGGAAUAGUUUAAAUUUAAUUUAAGGACUAAAUUUUAUCUAAAGUCUAGUGGUUCUUUAAUUUAACAGGUAACGAAAAUUGCUCUUUUGAUUGGUUGAGGCUCAAUUUUGCAGCUUUAAAGCAAAAAUUGUAGGCUCUCAGCUGAAACUAGCUAAUUAGACAACUUGUUUAAUCCAGUUUCUGAAACCUUUGAAUUUGGGCCAUAAAAGGAAGGCUCCCUCAGAGCUUCUUUAUAGUGCAAUUGAGAUUUGGUGAAAUAAGGAGUUAGAAUCCGGAUUAGUCUACUGUGAUAGUGUUAGGGUAGUGUGAUGAUACUGUGCCUUUAAGAGAAUUUUUUCUGUGCAGUUUCUCUUGUAGACCGGUGUUGCCAUGGUGAGAUGUUGGCUUCAAAAGCAGUGGUUAAACAGUUUUGGGUUCCCUGAAGCAUGAGUGGGUGGAGUCAGGCUCAUGCAGAACCGGGCUUUUAGUUUUGCUUUCAGUUAGGUCUUGGAGUUGGCCAUUGAAACUGCUAAAUACAGCUUUUGCCCUGCUGCUGCAAAAAGUUCCAGUUCUGUCUCUGCUACUGAAUUGUUUCUUUUGGAGUUCCUUUCUCCUGGACUGUACAGCAAAAAGCAUAUGAGGAAAAUCUGUUUUUUGAAUUUGCCUUUGUCAAG